GUGUUGAUUAAGCCGGAGGGUGUGCGCUACCAGAAGCAUCGGGCAGCCAGUGGAGACGCCAUGGGCUCAUCUCGCGUUUUAUUCAAGUGUAUCCUCCUGUAUUGCAUCGCGGCUUUGGCUGCGGCACAGUUGAACCCGUGUCCCGCGCCAGAGUCGCUGAGUCCGUGCGGGUGCGACUUCACCGGAAUCAACUGCGUGAAGGCCAAGAAUGUCUCGCAGCUCGCGAGGGCAUUCAGCGGAAGGGAGAAGGUCAUGCACAAAGCUCUAUGGAUUCAGAGUGUGCCCGUGGACGCGAUAGGCGCCGGCAUUUUCGGGGACUACGCCUUCGGGAAAGUGUAUAUCGAGAUCUGCAACCUGACAUCCUUCGAGCUGUCGGCGCUGAACAACUCGGCCCAGUUUCUGUCGGAGCUCAGCCUCUUCGGGAACCAGCUGACUGGGAUCGAUUACAAAAGGAUUGCCAUUUUCGAGAAACUGCGCCUCCUGAACCUGGCCAAAAACAACAUCAACAACGUGCCGGCGUUCGCGUUCAAAAACCCUUCGCUGCAGACGCUGAUGCUGAACGAAAACCCGAUCAGCAGCAUCGGAGCGUUCGCCUUCCGAAACCUGCCCAAUCUGAAGGAAAUUCAGCUGCGCUCCAUUCGCGUCAAGAUGCUGGCCGCUUACUCCUUCACCAUUCCCCGGCAUAACCCACUGCUGCAGAUUAUUCUGAGCGCCGGCAAACUAGAAAGCAUCGAGGAGAAAGCGUUCCACGGCGUGGCGCCCUUCACGCUGCGACUCACCCUGAAUAAGCUCGAAGAGUUCAGCCGUCCGGUAUUCCAGCCCCUGAUGGAGGCGAUGACGCAGAACGCAAAGCGGAUCAAUCAGCUAGGGCAGGCCAGGAUCGAGACCCGAGGUAACCGAUUCACCUGCAAGGGCUGCAGUUUCUCCUGGCUGACGACGCUGCAAGGAAGGCCGGACCUGUAUCUCAUGCUGUUUGACUUCCGAUGCAGAGAUAUGACUUCUGUAUGGAACGUGACAAACUCCCUCAUUGGCUGCCCUCGUGGCGGAAAAUAAACGCACUGACAUCAAUCAA